UGACUGUUGGCCUUUCUGUCUCUGGAGAACUACGCGAGUAAGUUCUUAGGGAAAGCGAAUAUAAAAAUCAGACAUGUUAACGCAAAAGCAGCGUGACAGGAGCGAUGGGAACAUUUCAGAGAGAGUCAACGGAGACCACCGGUGGUUUUUCGCUCUCGUGCGCCAAGAGAUGGAUUCAUAGGACGCGCGGAGAACAUCACCAACUUCUGCUGCGCGUAACUUCAUAACCCCGCUGGUCCGGACCUCUACACUUGCUUUAAACUUUAUAUACUGAAGGAAUAAUAGCACCAGAGGAACAAUGACAGUGACUUUCCCUGGCUUCUAAUAGCGCUGUAUCACUUUAGCGAAGCGCUUGGUUCUCGUUUCUCACGGAAUUUUGGUGAUAGUUAAAGGACGCGGAAUUUUGGGGCCAAUCUGCCGUCGAGCCAGUUACAUUAUCACAUGACUUUCCACAGGAUUAUGUUAUUUAUUCAACAACUUCUCAAACUAGACUAUUCAUAAUGUCGUGUUUGAACAAUACACUAGAAGCCAGAAAGCCAAAGAUGAUCGCUGCACGGAUGGCGUUGCUGCAAGCGCUUCUCGUCGCGUCUCUCCACGGAGUGUGCGAGAGCAGGGGCGGAGGCAGCGAUCUCGUUCCCAGGUUCUCCUCAUCUUUGCCCACUUACCUCCCUGUGUCCUGCCAACUGCAGGGUGCAGAGUCAUCCUUCUUUCUCCGGGAGGCCACACAGGAAGUGAUGCGUAACGGUAGCUUGCAGACACGCAGUGAGCCUCUCUUUCUCCACUUGCCCGAAUCUGGCCCUGCUCCCCUCUUGUCGGUCAACUGUAGCUAUGGAAAUCUCACCACAGAGGCACCAGUACCACCAGAGCUCCUCCAGGGUGCGCUGCCACGUUCUUUCCACACCUCUUCACACCUGACGCUGGGCUGGAAGGUGAGAGCACACCUGGUGAGCAGAAGGAUAGGAGUCGAUCGGCCUCAAAUCCAGGUGUUGUUUUAUCUGGCAGGCCGCAGGUGGGAGGAUGUGGAUCCUCCAGCAGAACUGUUGCCAUGUAUCCGUGUCGUUGGCAUCCGCGAUCCGGGGGAAGGUUCUGUAUCGAGCGCCUGCCGACUGGAGGGAAACCUGGGGAUCUGUGUAGCCCAGCUCGGCAUUCCUAUAACCUGGUUCAAUGCUCCUCCAUCACGUAGGCGCAUACAGGAGCCCAUACCUGUCACGGUGGAGUUGCACUACUCCAUUCUCCCUCCAGAGGCCCUGGGAAAAGAGUGUGUGGCUGGUAGGAUGCAAGGAAAGACUGGAGGGCAGGAAGGUGAUAUGCAGAGGAUUGGGACGGUGACUCUCACCACUGGGGACAACAAAGUGCCCAGAAACCGACUUAGACUGGAUGGAGACGUUGAGAUACUGGCGCCCCCCAGCCCAGUUAAACAGGGACAGACGGUGGGAUUUCAAGUACUAAUGAAUUCGGCUGCCGCCACUGAGCAGUUCACACUGAGAGUCCAGUAUGGGGAAGGCAUUCAUUUCAUGGUGGUGAAGCCCAGUAAUCUGGCAGCGUGGGAAAUCAAGCAAGAAGUAAUGCCUGGCUCCUCCUCCCUGUCCAUGUUCUGCCAAAGAAAGGCCAGCUCAACCAAUGAGAAACUUGAUGGUUCCUUCUAUGAGAUCAUGUGGGUGGACUUUGAGAUUGACAAUUUCAUCAACCUGCGGUCAUCGCAGUCCAUCCGCUGGCAGAUCGAGUAUCCCUCCACCGGAGCGUCUGCCGAAGUCAUCUCCACCAUCCACAUCAGCCAGAGAGACCUACAGGGUAUCGUACCCAUCGCUGAGGACACUGAGAUCCUGAACACAGCGAUUCUGACCGGACGGCGCGUUGCCAUCCCGGUCAAGGUUGUUACCGUGGAGCAGGACGGAACGGUGAGAGAGGUUGAUGACCCCAUGACCUGCAUCUCCACAGAUGAGGAUGUCCUCAAGAGAACAACACUGGAGAUGAUCAGAAAGAUGGGUGGAUUGAAAAAAGUGCAAAUUGCAAGAACAGAGAUGGAAGCAAAGGUGUCUCUUGGCUGUGAUGAGGUGCUGGUGAACGGGAAAGAGAAGAAUGGGCAUGUCUCUCUUCAAGUGAACUUUACCUACCUCUAUUUGACCAGCCAAUUAGAGCUCACCGUCUGGGUGCCACGGUUACCGCUGCAGAUUGACGUCUCUGAUGCCGAACUCAGCCAAGUUAAAGGAUGGAGGGUACCCAUCAUCACCAACAAGAGGCCGACACGGGACAGCGAGGAUGAUGAGGAGGAUGAGAGGAAGGGCAGAGGCUGUGCCUUGCAGUAUCAGUACGCUCUGGUGCGUGUCCUCACACACUUCGUUGCCGAGCCAGUUAGCACUGGUGGGGAGCUUGUGCACAUGCUAGGUUCUGAUUGGUCAGCUGACAUCACAGAGAUGGUCCUGGACUUCCUGAAAGUGGAAGAUACAAGCAUUGCCCGACUAAUUGAUGGAAGGGUGCUGGUAGGAAGAGACCCGGGGAUCACCAAUAUACAGGUGAUAUCCCCCUUUUCUGACUCUAUUCUGGCUGAGAAGACCAUCACUGUGGUGGAUGAUAAAGUGACCAUCAGUGAUCUGGGAGUUCAGCUUGUGGGCUCUUUGAGUCUCUCACUGCAGGCCAGUUCCACCAACAACAGAGCCUUCUACAUCACAACCACUGCUCAGGACCUGUUGCACACACCCAAACAGGAAGCCAUUAUCAGUGCAUGGAUUCAGUACAGCGAUGGCUCUGUGACUCCUCUUGACAUCUAUGACCCUAAAGAUUUUACUGUAACCAUCACCUCACUGGAUGAGAACGUGGUCUCCACCUAUCAGGAUCAGUCCCAAUGCUGGCCUGUGGUAGUGGCAGAAGGCGAGGGGCAGGGAGCGCUACUGCGCGUGGAGAUGAUGAUCUCAGAAACCUGCCAGAAAUCCAAGAGAAAGAGCAUUUUGGCGAUGGGGAUAGGAAACGUACAGGUGAAGUUCGGACAGAAUGACCUGGAGCAGAGGAGUGGAACUCAGGAGAACAGUCUGGACAACAGCACAAACGAACAGAAACAUAAGCUUCUAGAAGUGGAUAAAACAAGUGGAGGGGAUAGCUGGAAAUACACCAACACCGGGGUGGAACGAGAAGAGUUGGUUCUAAAGAAGGUCAGCACAACCGCAAAGACUCCACUAACCAGUCGUUCCGGGGGCAGCAAGCAGGGUGGGGGGCAAAACAACAACCCUGUGGACUAUACCAGUUUCCCAGCACAGGUGGACCUACCUGGCGGUGCAGACAGCGACUUGACUCAGGCUCCGAGAGGUCUGUCAGAUCUGGAAAUUGGCAUGUAUGCCCUGCUUGGAGUCUUCUGCCUUGCUAUCCUCGUCUUCCUCAUCAACUGUGUCAGCUUUGCCUUCCGCUACCGCCACAAAGAGCUUCCUGUACUGGAGCAGGGCAACAUGAACCAUGCCCACGACUGGGUGUGGCUAGGUAACGAAGCAGACCUGAUGGAUCAUCACGGAGAUCACGGGCCACUGGCACACAACGAUGAGUGCACUACCGCGAUAGAUCGCAACGAAGGGUGCGAGGAGAGCAAGUACCUCCUCAACGGGAGCGGUGUUCAGAAAAGUGGACGUGGCAUCCCCCAAGUGCACUCUGAUCCACGGUCUUGUUUGGGAAAUGACCCCAGUGGAAAAAUCGAGCCCCUUAACAACUCUCCCAGCGCUGCCAAGCGCAAAAGGGUGAAGUUUACUUCCUUUGCCACCGUACUACCAGACGAAGGCGGGCCGUACACCAACUCUAUCCUUAUUGGGAAUGAAGAUGACAUCAAGUGGGUCUGUCAAGACAUGGACCUGGGGCAGUCAGCCGAGCUCAGGAGCUACAUGGAGAGACUGCAAGACAAUCUGUAGGAGCCGGGAAGAGAACGAAAGAAAGGGAAAGGUAGAGGGCGGACACACAAAAACUCACCAGAAAUGCCUUUGCACUGUUGGGGGAAUGCAGGGAGACAGGGAGGGAGGAAUUAUUAAAGAAUCGAAAGUGGACGCAAGCAGAGAGCAGGAAGAAAUAAAAUCCUUUGGGAGUCUCGAGUUAAGUAGGAAAUUCACGAAAAGGGGAAACGGGUGAAAAGAGACUGGCACGUUCGUACUGGCUCCACCGAACGGUCCAGGUGGCACAGAGGGAGCAGCUGCCAACUGGCUAGCACAGGGACAGAAUGCCAGUUACCGACAUCCCGAAUAAACAAGCCCAAACAAGACCAGCGAGAGAAAGAAAGAAGGGAAACUUGACAGCUGUACAGAAAAUCACAGUCCAUGGAAGUUGAUAAACAGGAGUUGUUAUCGCUAAUGUAAUUUAGUGUUUUGAUUUUUCUUGAUUCUAAUCAUUGGGACGUUUACAACAGAUCUUAUUUUUUGAGAUAAUCCCAGGUUUUUCUUAGUUUUUUAGAUUAGUAUGUAACUAGACCAAAACAGCGCCUCAAUGCACCCAGCCCAGCCCAGAUCCAGGUCUGUGUUUGUUUUUUUGUUUUCGCUCAUUUUGUACUGUCUGUCCGUCCUGCCUGAAUUCCAAGAGACCUGGGGUACAAGGAUGUGUGGGAUUCCCCCUGGCUGGAGUCUGUACCAGCUGUAUCUGCACACACACUAUUUAAGGAGUCCUCCCUCUCCAUCUCUCCUCUGGGAGAAAAACACAAGACAUCAAUGAUGAAAAGCAACAUGUGAAUAAAAAGACUCCUCAUGCACUGUUCAUUUGAUCAAGUGAAUGUGGGAUAAAAAAGACUGAGGACUUCUUUUGAGUCCCAUCGGGGGGUUGUUCAUUUGCACAAUAAGAAUAAUACAGAAAGUGCAUAGAGCGACCCUCAGCUGAUUUGCUGACUGUCCUUACAGCAACUGAUCCAGACCUUCAACCUGACAGAUGCGAUGUUGAACAUGGGACGGACAGUGUAGAAAUACAAGCCCACAAAUUUGAGUUGUGUUUGUUAUAAAACCAUAUGAUUGCUGUGAUAGGAAAAUAUACAAGAGUAGAUAUGGUCUAUUACUCUCCACUAUGGAAAAUGUAUGAAUGUUUCUCUUUUUAUUGAGGUGAAAUGUACAUCGUUUACCCCCUUUUUACAUGGCUGGAGCACCUGCCCAUGGUUUUUACAUGUCCUAUAGGUUUUAAAGCAACUUUCUAUUUCUGCCUCACUAACCCUAGCAUUUACCCAGCUCCUUGAAUUCUUGUUGUUUAUAUUACUGAAGAGUUGUAGGGAAGGACCGAUGUGGAAACCUUCUCUUUGAAAGCUCAGGUGAAAAUACGCUCACAGAUGAACAGUGGUAAUAUUCAAAUGUAGGUUGUAAGAAUGCAAUAUUUAUUUGUAAGUGUAAUAUGAGAUAGGAUGUAAAUAAAAUGAUUGAAACUUUCUUGUGGACACUGCAAACAGGCUGUUGCCUACGUUUUCACAAUCGACACAGAGUCAUGAGGCCGUUUGAGUGUAUCAUAUUUUGUUCAAAUCUGAUUUCCCCUGAAGGAAUAAAAAAGAUAGGCUUUAAUAUGUUAAGACAUGUCAUUGGUUUUGUCAGAAUAUCAGACUCCACAUUUACACAGGGUUCGGUCUUUUCCUUUAAUAGAUUAUUUCUGUUUGUUUCAAAGGUGUUUGAUUUAGUUAAAUCUGUGAAGUAGGGUAGAGCAGAUUUAAUUGUAAUUGGAAAGUAUUUAUAUAAAUGUAUUCGUUUUUUUUUCCUUUUUUUUGACCAUUUUCCAAUAAAAUAUUUUUGGAACACAAUUAUUC